CCUUACAGGUUAGGGUCUUGUUGUUCUUUGCAGAAGGCGACGUUGUUUCAUUGUCCUGUACAAGUGAGCGAGGCCCAAUAUGGCCCCUCCGUUAGCAAGCCAAAUAGUACUCUUUGCGGUGUCGGCUAUCUUUCUACAAGUUUCCGCCCGAAAUUUGGCCCAAGUGGCGUCGACUUUUCAAAACCAAGUGAACAAAUAUCAAGACAGCCGGGCAGACAUCGUCUUUAUGUUGGACAGUUCUGGUAGUGUUGGAGAGAACAACUUUCAGACGGAGAUCACAUUCGUGGAGAACUUUCUCAGCCAACUGACUAUCAGCCCUCAGGCCUCGCGAGUCGCCAUCGUGUCGUUUGACGAUGCUGCCCGAACGCACAUCGACUACAUCAAGAACCCCAAGAACAAGUGCUCGUUCCUGAGGGAACUGAAGACGGUGAAGUACACAGGGGGAUCGACAAAUGCAGAAGAUGCCUUCCGCCUGGCACAGGAACUUCUGAGGCCAAAGUCUGCUUUCGCAAAUAAUCAGCCUGUUAAACAAGUAGUGGUCUACCUAACAGACGGCAAGCCGGACAAAGAUCCUGUAGGCAGGGCCAACAACCUGAAAUCUGUCUACAAUGCAGAGAUCUACAGCAUUGGUGUCGGCGACAGUCCUAACAAGCAACAACUGCACGAUUGCGCCACAGACGCAAGUCACGUGUACUUGUCUUCGGACUUUGUGGACGCCAAAGAUCUCGCAAAAAGAAUUCGAGGGGACCCCUACUCUAAGAGGUACGAGACUGAUGGAGUGACGUCAGCGGACUGCUCGUCCCCAGGUUGUGGGGCGAACGCCAAAUGCGCAUGCGGGUCGAAGACCGGAGUGUACGAGUGCGCCUGCAAGCCAGGCUACUACGGAACCGGCCGGGGAGCACCGUGCACCCCUUGUCCGAAAGGCCGCUACAAGGAGCUCCUUGCGCCCAGCGUGUCGGGAUGCCCGGGGACCUGCCCGGCUAAGAGCAGCACCAGAGGCACGGCGUCCACCAGUCCGAACCAGUGCGUCUGUAACGAGGGGCACGAAGGAAACCCAUGGGGCUCAGGAUGCAAACCUGUCCGCUGUGACCCGAAACUGGAGUCUCCAGACGGAGGAACCAUGCAGCCCGCGAACUGUAACAACGAGUAUCGUACGACGUGCCGAUUUCAAUGCAACUAUGGGCAUAAGAUGUUGAGGGGAACACCAGAAAGAACUUGUCACGCCAACAGGACUUGGAGUGGAGACCCUAUCAUCUGUCAACGAAUAGAGUGCCCAGGUCUACCUGAGCCUUCGGACGGACAGAGGACCUGCGUGAUGUCAGAUGGUCAACAGGCAACCGGAACGUUUCCUUAUGAAACUACUUGUACAUUCACCUGUAACCGAGGGUACACCUUACAGGGAAGCAAGGUACGGAGAUGCUUAGAAGAGGGGAAGUGGGACGGUUCGAAGGCAAAGUGUCUCGUUAAAAAGUGUGACCCCUUACCGAUGGUGGUAAACGCCACCGUGAGUCCGUCUACCUGUGUUAGCAAGGCCCAGAAGUUCGAUACAGCCUGUCAGUUCACCUGCCAAGAUGGCUACAGGAUGGACGGAACUCCCAACAGAGUCUGUCUGGAAGACGACAGUUGGUCAAACCAACAACCAACAUGUAUAGAUAACCAGUCGCCACGACUUGUCAUCGGGUGUCCAGCGGACAUCGUGAACGGUACAGAAGAGGGUCAGAACUACCUGACGGUCAACUGGACCGUUCCUACCGCUGUGGACAACUCGGGGAAGCCGCCCAAGAUGACAGUGACGCCGGCUGGCAUCAAACCUCCUCACAAGUUCCCCAUCACGACUGGCCUACCUACUGUUGUAAAGUACACCUUCACUGAUGGUAGUGGAAUGGCAAGCUCUUGCUCUUUCGAAGUUAGAGUCAAUGAUACAGAGAAUCCGAAGCUUAUUGAACAUUGUGUGAAACACGAAGUGGAAACAAACGACGAAACUGUAAAUGUGAAGUGGAUUGAACCAGUCUUUACCGACAACUCCAAACAAGCCGUGAGAGUGAACUGUGACAAGGACAGCGGGCAACGCUUCUACUGGGGAACGACCUGGGUCACGUGUACGGCACGUGACAUCAAUGACAACCUGGCCAUUUGUCGUUUCUCUGUCAGCGUAAGCCCCACAAGAUGCAUCCACCAAGAUCCUCCAAUCAACGGCGCUCUCUCGUGUGACGAAUUUCAAUUCGGACAGUUCUGCACCGUACAGUGCAAUGAGGGGUUCGACUUCUACAGCGAACCGGCUCGGAUGUACAUCUGUGGGUCUGGGAACUGGAGAACAGAUCCGCACGGCUUGGAGACGAAAUGGCCAGAUUGCUCAUUGAAGCGAAUUCCAGGAUACUCCAAAGGAAUCGAGUUCCAGUACUACGUCGGUGACUGUGAGGAUGAGGAGACCCAGACGCAGAUCAAACAAAACUUUAUCGACCUCUUCAACAGCACGGUUUUCGGACGGUAUGGUGGGUGCGUAGGCAACGUGAAAUGUAGCGUGGACAACGUGGCUCUGUCGUGUAGUGAGAAGGCCAUAGAGGUGGACUGGGUUCCAGAGGAAGAUGGAGGACUUGACGGGCCCUCCAGGAAGAAACGAUCUGUACAGAGACGUGCAAGACUUCUUACCAUCCGCCUCGACGUCAAGACACAAUACAAGACCACAGAAUCUGCACAGGGAGAAUCAAAAGAUAUCAAGAAGAAAAUGGAGCAACUUAAAGAUGCCCUGAACGAAGUUGUGGAGAAGGCAAAGGAAGAUGUGCGGACAGGUCAGCUGAGUGACAUAGCCGUGACCGCUGGUGGAGGGCAGAGUCAGAUAGUGUCCCUUGCCCGAGUGGCCGGCUCAGCAGAAGACGCAGGUAUACGAGACCUGGACACGGAGGCGGUUCUCAGCUGUUACAGAGGACAGAUUCUGAAGGAAGAUUUUUGUGUUAGCUGUCCUGUCGGUACAUACUACACUGACGUCAGUGGCGAGGCCACGUGUGAUGUUUGUCCGGUGGGCUCCUAUCAGGACCAAGAAGGACAGACCGAGUGUAUCCGGUGUGAACCGGGAUUCUUUACUGCAGGAAACAACAGCAAGAACGCUACGGACUGCAGGAACCAGUGUCAGCCGGGGACGUUUUCGGAAACAGGAUUAGAGACCUGCAUGUUCUGUCCAAAGGGCACGUAUCAGAACCAACAGGGAGCCACUGAGUGUAUCCCGUGUGAGGAGGGCACAACGACGGGAGAUGUAGGCACUGUGGACAAGGAGGACUGCAGUGGAUCAUGUGUACCUGGUAGCUACUCCCGGACCGGUACAGACCCGUGUGACCUGUGUCCAGUUGGGACGUUCCAGCCCGGACAUGGUCAAACCGACUGUUUAUUCUGUCCACUGGGCUUGGGUACAGACGCCGUGGGUUCGGAAACCUCAAGUGAUUGUGUUGAUACUGACUACUGCCAGUCCUCUCCUUGCCAAAAUGGCGGAUCGUGCACCAUGCAGGGGUCAGAGUUCAACUGCCUGUGUCCAGCUGGCUUUGAAGGUGACACGUGUGACGUCAAUGUGAACGAGUGCGCGUCACUGCCAUGUUACUCCUUAGCCACCUGUUUGGAUAGAGUUAACGGAUAUGAGUGCGUUUGCCCUUCCGGUUGGACGGGUGAACAGUGUGACGUCAACAUCGAUGAGUGUGCGCCUGCGCCGUGUUUGAAUGGAGCAACUUGCGUUGAUGAGGACAAUGGGUUCCUCUGCCUGUGUGCGGAUGGAUACAGCGGUACGUUCUGUGAAGUCAACAUUGACGACUGUAGUGACAGCCCGUGUAACGACACCGCCGUGUGUGUGGAUCUGGUGGACAGUUUCAAGUGCCUCUGUCAGGACGGCUACACUGGCAAGUACUGCGAGGUCGACAUCAACGACUGUGAGGCUCAACCCUGUCAGAAUGGCGGAAAGUGCACGGAUGAGGUAGGAAGGUACACCUGCCAGUGCCCACCUGGGUUUGUCGGCUACAACUGUGAACUGAAUGUCAACGAGUGCGCGUCAAACCCCUGUCUGAACCGUGCGUACUGUGAGGACAAGAUCAACUCAUAUCAGUGUCACUGUGCACCGGGGUUCGGAGGGACACACUGUGAAGACGGUGAGGAUUUAUUAUGUUUAAAUUGA